CAUUUUCUAUUAACUUAUUAAUUGUGAUUUUUGUUUGCCAGACUAAUUAUCCGUCAUAACUCAUAGUAACAUUUAAAUAAAAUUAUAUCGUGCUGUUUGUUAAAAAGUCGGGAAAUUUUCUUACCGCUUAAUCGGUUGGUAAAUUCUGCAAAACGUUAACAAAGUGCUUAAAAUAAAUGUGCAAAUCUCACUCCCGAAUUAUAAAGAAUACGAAUUGACAUCAAAUAUGUAUGAUGAGUAAAUAAUAAAAUCAAAUUAAUAAUAAUAUUAGCAAAUAUUCACCCUAUAAAUUAUAAAAAUGAGUGAUGAUAAAAGUAAUUUUGAGAUGCCGCCACCAAUGUCAUCUUCGUCUGAAACUGCUCCACCCACCGACGGUGAGACGUUGUUGCUAUCAAAUGGCCAAUCUAUACCGAAUGCAACACCUUCACCAGUCGAACCAGCAGUUUCUGCACUAUCAACGCCUACUUUAUCAAUAACUGGAGGACCCACGAGCCGUUUAAGAGCACCAACUAAUUACAGUAGUGACAUAGCUGUAAGUGUUUCAAAAAUUGGUCGACUUUGUUCGCACGCCGCGCCGAAAACAGGCCCACCACCUCGAGAUUCAAAAAGCAUGAGUCGUGAAAGCGAUGGCAAUUUGAGCUCUAUUAACUCAGCAUACACAGAUUUGUACCAGGAGACUGUGAAGCGCUUUACACGGUCCUCACUUUCCCCUGAAAUGGAUCAGUACUUAUCGUCACGUAAUUCAGCUAAAACUACUGCGACAUCCCUGAAAUCUGGGGAUGGUGAUCACCACACCUCUUUCGAUUUGUAUCUUGAAGCCACCGGGCGCCGCCGCAGUUCAGAUCAUGGUGCCGUUCUAACACAAGAUACAGAACAGUUUAUAAUUGGUCAGAAGGUAUGGGUAGGCGGUAUUCGCCCCGGACAAAUUGCUUACAUUGGCGAGACUCAUUUUGCCCCUGGGGAUUGGGCUGGGAUUGUAUUGGAUGAACCGAAUGGUAAAAAUGACGGAUGCGUCGCUGGCAAACGUUAUUUCCAGUGCGAACCAAGGCGGGGUAUUUUCUCGCGCUUAACACGUCUCACAUUGACACCACUUUCUGGGGCAAAUACGCCGACCUCGCCACUUGCAAAAAUGUCUCCUGAACGUUCACGUACGGUGUCACCAACUGCCAGCAUACGCAGUUCAUUUCUACGCAGCCCGGGAAAAAAUGGCUUGGCAGUUGGCGAUCGCAUUAUUGUGUCGUCUGGCUUCGGUAGUCGUCCAGGUAUAUUGCGCUAUUUGGGUGAAACGCAGUUCGCUUCAGGCAAUUGGUGUGGUGUGGAAUUAGACGAGCCUUCUGGUAAAAAUGAUGGCUCUGUCGAUGGUAUAAAGUAUUUCGAAUGUAAGCCGAAAUAUGGAGUGUUCGUGCCGAUUGCCAAAGUAUCACUUUCGCCGUCAUCCAAAAAGUCUCGUCUAUCCCGAACAGGCUCUCGAGAAUCUCUCAACUCAAUUGGUACUAUAAACAGCAUCGCAACAACAAAUACAUCUCGCUUGCGCAUGAAUGCUCAGCGCAAAUCUUUGUCAAUCAAGCCGGUCGUUGCCGCGCCUAAAUCGCAAUAUUCCAUGCAG